AUGGAUGGCGUCCAUAGCAACUCGACACGGCAGAAACCUCAACCUCGGGUUCAACGCCGCUCACGAAUGAGGAAUAGAGGUAGUCAGACAUGUAGCUCAUCAGACGAAGAUUUUCAUUCGGACGACAAUCUACGCCCUUACGAGGAAGUUAAAAUUGCGCAUCACGACAAGAAACUGUCAGGUCUAGGUUUGACGCCAAAUGAGCAUGCAGUGUCGCCUAUUGGACAUACAAAUUCUGGUCAUGCACGUGCGUACAGUUAUAUGAGUGGCUCCGAUGAAGAGAUAGAAAGUGCCAAACCAGCAGCAGUGCCAUUACUGGGUAGAAAUGGAGCCUUUCAACCAGUGGUCAGAUGUCAAGAUCUCCAAAAUGGAGAUCACCGUUGUAAAAUGGCGCAAACGUCAGAAUCUGAAGAGGAUAAUCGUCAUCCUGUACGAAGAACAAGUCGGACAGGUUCAGCCCCACCACCAGUGCUGCCACCGCCUCCCCCUCCCCCACCGAUAGAAGACAUUCCACAACGUAGUCCUGGUCCUCGUCAUAAACAGUUUGGACCUUCCGUCAGGGGGAACUACUCUGAUGCCGAGAGUAUACGCAGGCAGCAACAACAGUAUAUGGAUGAUGAUGUAGACUUCGAGCCACCAUAUUUAGUUCAAGGUACCACUUAUAGCACUGCUCCUGUUAUUUAUUCUUCCAAUUUCACCCUGUAA